AUGGGUUUCCCAUUAUCUGUGGUUCCUCCCAUACUGUUGCCAUCAUCCACUGUCGCCAACCGCUGUGGGCGCCGUCACCAGGUUCACGCCAAUCACCACCCUUCAUCUUCAUCGUCAAUCAUCUCCAAUGCAUCUCCAUCUUCUCUGUCAACCACAACCACUGUGACCAAUGCUCUUCCGGUGCGUCUCCAUUCGUCAUCUUCAUCUGCCAUCGUCGUCACUGCCAAGGAACUUCGUUCAACUCUUCUCUUCGCACUGUGGCACCAUCGACACCAUCUUCUCUGCUCGCCAAAUGCCUUAGAUCGGCGAGCCUCCCAUCAUCGUCGUCGCGGUACUCGUCUCCACCAUCGUGCCUCCCCUCCGCUUUCGACGCCGGCCACCAUCGUCAUCCUCGCCGGAGCGCAAGCUUUUGCAAUAGAGGAAAGAGCCUCCCCGCGUCGUGUCUGUCAAGUGGGAGAAGGGAGAUUGCUCUCUUUGUUUCUGUCAAGAGGAAAGAAGACCCAAGCCAUCUUCGUCGUCGGCUUCUGGAUCCUGGACAUGGCCAAUAACAUGCUCCAGGGCCCCUACCGUGCCCUUCUCGCCGACCUCUCUGCCAGCGACCACCGCAAGAUGCGCAACACAAACACCUUCUUCUCCUUCUUCAUGGCCGUGGGCAAUGUCCUGGGGUACGCCGCGGGGUCCUACAGCGGCCUCCACCACGUCUUCUGA